AUGGCAGCUCAAAGUUCUCAAUUUCAAGAGGAGACUAGAAGUAAUUUGAGAAACACUGGUGCUUCAAUAAAAAAUCUGGAAGUGCAAAUGAGUCAGAUUGCUCAACAACUUGCGGGUUCGCAAACACCAGGAGCAUUACCGAGUGUUACAGUUACGAAUCCAAGAGAGCAUAAUAAUGUGAGUGCUGUUACAACAAAGAGUGUUGAUUUGGAGAUAAAAGAGAAUGAAGUUGUUAGUGAGAAGGUGACAGUACCUGAACCGGUAGUUAAAGAAAAAGUUAAUGAAUCAAAGCCGGUUGUCAAACUCCCGUUCCCAACAAGAAAUAAGAAGAAGGAGAAACAUGAGAAGAACUUUGAAAAGUUCUUAGAGAUGUUCAAAAAGCAUGAAAUCAACAUUCCGUUCUUGGAGGCACUCGAGCAAAUGCCCUCUUAUGCUAAAUUCAUGAAAGACAUUAUUUCAAAAAAGAGGAGCACUGACACUGACUCUAUUGUACUAACUGAAACUUGCAGUGCUAUUUUGCAGGGUAUGAAGAUCCCGAUAAAGAAAAAAGAUCGAGGCUCGGUGACUAUCCCUUGCACUAUCGGGGAUAGAUCUUUCAAGAAGGCCCUUAUAGACUUGGGGGCAAGUGUGAGCCUCAUGCCUUUAUCGAUUUACAAGAGGUUGGGGAUUGGAAAAGUACAGGAUACCCAAAUGACACUUCAAUUUGCUGACCACUCUGUGAAGAGACCUUAUGGAGUGGUGGAAGACGUUCUUGUAAAGAUUGAUAAGUUUGUCUUUCCGGUAGACUUUGUGAUCUUAGAAAUGCCGGAAGAUGAAGAGAUACCUCUCAUUCUUGGUAGACCAUUUUUGGAAACCGGGAGGUGUUUGAUAGAUAUAGAAGAAGGGACCAUGACUCUAAAGGUUUAUGACGAGGAGUUAAAAAUUGAUGUGCGCAACACCAUGAAAUACAAAGAUGAUGUGGCCACCAGCCAACACAUAGAGGUUAUUGAUCAAAUGGUUCUGCAAGAAAAUCACCUAGGGGAACAAAAAUUACCCUUGGAGAGAGUCCUAAGUCUCUCAAUUUUUGAAGACAAUUAA